AUGCUUCAGGCUUUAUUAGUAGGCUUAAUAGCAGGAAUUGGAAUUUUAGAUGAACGUGGAAUUAUUAUUGGUGCACAACUAGAGCUUAUUUGGAUGGGAAUAGCAGGAAUAGGUGUUUCAACGCCACCCGAUUACGUUACUGGGGGAGUGAUUGGAACAGCAUUAGCAAUUAUUUCUCAUCGUGGUAUAGGUGUAGCUCUGACAAUUGCAGUUCCCGUUGCAGUUUUGGCUGCCAAUUUGGGGACCUUAGUUCGAGUAGUAAACUUAUGGUUUUCGCAUAAGGCAGAUAAGUAUGCGGAAACAGCUAACUUUAAGGGCGUAAACAUGAUGUUACUCUUACCAACUAUUCUAUUCUUCUUGAGUACCUUUAUUCCAACCUUUUUAGCAAUGCUGCUUGGUGCUUCCAAAAUUAACAUUAUUAUCAAUGCAAUUCCAAAGGUUAUUUUGGAAGGAUUGACAGUUGCUGGCAAUUUGCUACCGGCCGUUGG